AUGGACGUUAAUUUUGCUUGGAUUCUCUUGAUUUUAGAAGCACUUGCUAAUUGGACUGAAGCAUACCAUCACUGCAACUGGUCUGGCGUUGUCUGUGACCCUCCUUCGAAUCGUGUCAUUUCGAUAUCUACUGCUGAGAAGCAGCUUCAGGGCCAGAUAUCUCCGUUUCUUGGAAAUCUCUGUGCCCUGCAGGGUCCAAUUCCAUCAGAACUAGGAAACCUUCAAAAUCUGCAGUAUGUACAUUUAGGAGCUAAUUUGUCGAAUGGAAACAAUUCUGAAAGUAUUUGUAAUUGCACCUUUUUGCAAUCUUUCGGCGUUGAUUCUAACAAUCUGACUGGCAGUAUACCCAGAAACGUUAGGAACUCAGUUAAUUGGCAAGUUUUUGUGAGUGGGGUAAUACCUAAAGAGAUAGGGAACUUAUCCAACUUGGAGGUUCUUGAGUUGUUUGGGAAUUCCCUUGUUGGGGAAAUCCCUUCUGAACUAGGUAGCUGCAAGAAUCUUGGCAGGUAUCCCUUUGUUAGUGUGAGAACUGAAGUGUUUAAGGUGUUGAAACUUGCUUGUUGUUGGGUACUUGUGUUGUGGUUAGGCAUUCAUGGGCUUUGGAUUUAUGAGUUGCAGGAGAAGGUCCUGAUCUCAAGAGAUCUAUAA